AUGGCUUCAUCUCUUGUUCAGAUUUUGAAGGCCAAUCUGAGCGGCCAGGUAAGAAACCUUCUUUAAAAUAUAAAACACAUACUUUACCACCUAAUAAAAUUAAUUUUAGCUGGUUGGCCGCUUGUUUACUUUUCUAAUCAACAUGUACUUCAUCAGGACGAUUAGUGGAGAUGUUCUUGGCUUGAUCAAUGUCCGGUAAGUUGUUAAAUCUUUGUUUUUUUGACAUUUAGAUUUACAGAUUGAAUUUACUGUAUAUGACAAUCAAUUUCUUAGUAACAGAACCACUGAGAAAGACCUGCUUGAGCGCUGAUUUGACUGUCAAGGAUGCUAUGACCUAUGCGUGGCUAAGGUAAUAUGAACUGAAGUUUGUGGUAGAAAGAUGGGGAUGGAUGGGCCUGAAAUUUUUAUUUAAGCUUGACAUAGUCUGCUGUUACUAUUUUAUUGCAACUGAAAAAAUUUGGCUAUUUGAAAACCUUUCUUAUCUGUUUGAGAAGUCUAACUAUGCUUUUUUGGUCAAUGUUAAUAUAAAUUGUAGUUUUUCCGUGCGAAGGUGGAUUGCAAUAUUUUUAUAAUUUUUACACAGGUUUCAAGAACAUCUAUGGAUGUUAAAAAGUUUCACUUUUUAAGUUUUAAGCUUUUCCUUACUUAUAUAUUUCCAGCCCAUUGGUGGCCAUACCUCUUGGAUCAAUCUUAUCCUUUAUAUGGGCUUAUUUACCAGCUGGUGCUGGAAUUAGCUACGAGGAUUAUAUUUUUUCAGUUGGCUGCUUCUGUACGGCUUCUUUGAUGGAAAGUUCGGCAGAACCACUGGCCAUAUUAGCUAUGAAAAAUGGGCAAAACAAUCUGUUUGCUGCUUCUCAAUCAAUUCUGCUGAUCGCUAAUAAAUUCACGGCUUUAUUGUUGGUUUUAACCGGACUUCCUUCUUAUACUGCAUUGUGUAUUGGUCAGGUAAGUCAUUUGAUUAUUUUUUGAAUUUUUAGUUAUAUUAACAUCUUUAAAUUGGAAUGUAAUCAAGUAUUUACAUUGAUGUACACAUUUGAUAACUAAAAUUCUAAACAUGCUUAUAAUCUUUUUACUUUUAGCUCUUCGGAUCGUUGGUGUAUACAUUUGUUCUAUAUUCUUCAUUUAUCAGCUCGUAUUUUAAAAGAGAAAUUGACUUUUGGCCAUUUAUGCAAUUACCAUCAAGAUACGAAACAAGGUACAUCAAGUUACUGAGCACGUUGUUUCUACAUUCAGUGCAGAAACAACUGUUGACUGAUGGUUCAGCUUAUGUUAUGACUUUUACUAAGCAAUUGAGUCUUACUGAACAAGGUAAUUUUGAGUUUUUCAAAAGAUUUUGAGAACUGAUAUUGUAGUAGGCAUAUUAGUGGAUUUUUUGUCGAAAAAGCGAGUUUUUAGAUCUUUUUGAUAAAUUUUUGAAACUUUUCACUAUCUAUGUUAUAGUAGGUUUAAUUACACAUAUUUUCAGCGGUAUACGACGCGAUAGAACGACUGGGAUCACUCGUAGCCAGGAUAAUUCUGCGGCCAUUGGAGGAGAGCUGUGCCGUUUACUUCUCAGCUCAUUUGAAGCGAACAGAGACAUUGAUCGUGCCAAGGAAACUUACUGAAGUGUUCUUAGCGUUACUGAGAGCAUUAUUUACAUUGGGUUUGGUCGUAUGUGUAUUUUCAAUACCUUAUUCGUCACUGGCUGUCAAUAUCUAUGGAGGUGGGUGGUUGACUUCUUUUUGUCAUAACUUUUUUGAGGAAAUAGUUAGGGGUUUGAAAUUUUGGGAGAUUAAGGGAUAUUGUUUUAGUUUGCUAGCUUGAAAAACACAGUUUCUAAAUUACCGUAGUUUUUAUGUUACAAUAAUUUUCUCGGAUCCUACUUUUAGUCUAUUUUUAUGUUUUUUUUUGUUUUUUCUUAUAAAAAUAAGUUCUAAUACUUUUUUAAACUUAAAUAUUAGCAUUUUAAACAAAGCAGCGGCUUUUAAUUCAACUUAUAAAAUUAAAAAAAUAGACAAGAUUACUGUAAUUUCAGGGGAAUUACUAAAACAAAAUCGUGGAGCCCUUCUUCUAUCACUAUACACAUUUUAUCUCCUCUCAAUGGCUAUCAACGGCCUAUUGGAAUGCUUUGCCUUCUCAGCAAUGUCGUCAGAAGAUAUACUAAAACACAGUAAAUUCCUCUUCGUAUCCUCUCUAGUCCAUCUGGCUCUAAACAUUGGUCUAAUGACGUAUAUGGGCGCGCCGGGCUUUGUGUUGGCCAAUAUAGCCAACAGUUUGAUUAGAGCCAUCUACAAUUGGGAGUAUAUCAGAGGCCUGAAAGGUGUAACGGAGAACAUAUUCAGUAUAUGGAAGAUUGUACCCGAUUGGAAUGUGUUUACAUUACUGUUGGUGUCAUUGGUCGUUACGGUGUUGAGUGGAUUAGUGAGUUUUAGAAAGAUGAAUUUUAGUUUAAAGAAGGGAUGAAAAUUUUGAUAUUUGUCGUAUAACUUGUCACUCGCAGCUUGCGCAACGUUUUUGCUUUGAAAUUUUGCUAUUUUUCGUUUUGUAAAGAAAGUUCUUGCUAUUUUCCGUUUUGUAAAGAAAGUUCUUGCCAUUUUGUAUAAUAUUGUGCUUAAUAAUACUAUAUAAUAUUUUCGUUUUAGAUCUUCUUCUCAACACCUGGGCUAGUCUACACAGGCGCUCACCUAGCUGUAGGUGGAGUUAUGUUCAUAUUAAUCAUGGCAUAUCUACAUGAAAAUGGGGAAUUAUAUCAACGUUUGUGGGAGAAAUUGGACUAA